AUGAACCCGUUAACUAAAGUAAAGCAGAUCAAACAGCUCAGUGAACUGGAGGCUGAGCAUAGCGUGGUGGCUGAGGCAUCCUGGCACUCCCAAUACAAGGACAGCUCUUGGAUCUUCCUGGGAGGGCUUCCCUAUGAACUGACUGAAGGAGAUAUCCUCUGUGUAUUCUCCCAGUACGGGGAGAUUGUUAACAUUAAUCUCGUUCGGAAUAGGAAGACCGGGAAGUCCAAAGGGUUUUCUUUUAUUUGCUAUGAAGACCAGAGGAGUACGGUGUUGGCCGUCGACAAUUUUAAUGGAAUCAAGAUCAAGGGAAGAACUAUCCGAGUAGAUCACGUAUCGUCCUACCGCCCCCCUCGGUCCUCGGAGGACGUGGAUGACAUGACCAGAGAGCUCUGGGAGAAGGGCUGUGGGGCCCAGACACCCUCAUCCAGCUCAUCAGAAGGCUCUGAAAACGAAGCACUCCCAAAACAACACAAACAAGACAAACAGAAAAGAAAAAAAAAAAAGAGGAAGUAA